AGUUGUGACCAAUAUGGACGCUCGUAGUCUAUAGUGUUAUACGUCAGAAAGAAAGCUCAACAGUUUACAUUGAUAUUUCGUCUGUGAAACAUACACAUACCAACUGGAAUAGCAUUCUGCGUUAAACAGUUCCAUGUUUACUUAGGCGAUGGAUUUUCAGUGUUUUGUGUAACGCUCGAGGAUUAUUUGUGCUACCAACGUGCGUCCCUUAUUCACACUUUCUUUCUCGUCAUCUUUCGAUGUUCAAACAAAAACCACUGCUUUCCCGAAGGAGGAGCACAACAAUACAAGUCGGGAAAAUGGCCUUUUGGCCAAAGAUUCGAUUUGGUUGUGGAAAUUUUAGUGUUUGGUGUUUCAUGUUAUUGUGUCUUCCAUUGUUUGCCACACUCUCGUCUCAAUCCAGUGCCUGCCCAGUCACUUGUUCAUGCCUUGGCACCCUGGUUGAUUGUAGCAAACAGGGGCUUACCCAAGUGCCCAAAGAUUUACCUCUAUGGACUGAAGUCUUGGAACUACAAGAAAACCUCAUUAAUACAUUCAGCUCUUACCAGUUUAGUCAUCUCAAGAAUCUGCAACGUUUAGAUCUCAGCAACAACAGAGUAAAAUUCGUCGUACCCGGUUCCCUCGCAAACUUAAUCCACUUAAAUGAAGUAAAAUUGAACCAUAACCAGAUGGUGGAAAUUCCUGAUCUAGGACCGCUCGUCAAUCUUUCGUCAUUAAAUCUGGCUCACAACGAAAUCUUAUCAAUGAACAGCACGUGGUUAGCGCAAACCAAGUCUCUUAAGAACCUAGAUCUCAGCCACAACAAGCUCUACGAGCUUCCUGCCGGAAUAUUCGCCAAUGGUAGCCGCCUCCAGAUCUUGAAUUUGAGCAACAACAGACUACAAUACAUGGAUAAAGGUUGUUUUUACAACCUGACGGCGCUCGUUGAUUUGAAAUUAGGACGCAACAGGAUUACUUCUCUUCCUAAAGAGCUGUUUAAGAGACUUUCGGCCCUUAAAGUUCUGGAACUGAAUCGGAAUCGUCUGACAAAGAUAGAAGGAUUGACAUUCGAUGGCCUCCUUUCGUUGAUUGCCCUACGCCUUCGUCGAAAUGAAAUCAGUCAACUCUUCGACGGCGCGUUUUUUGGGCUAUCGUCGAUCCAACAAUUGCAACUGGAUUUCAACAACAUCACGACAGUGACCAAAGCUUGGCUCUACGGCUUGAAUUCGAUGCAGCAGCUGGGCUUGAGCAACAACCACAUCUCGACCGUGGACAAGGACGCCUGGGAGUUUUGCCAACAGAUGUGGGAGCUGGAUUUAUCGCACAAUGAUCUGGUUUCGGUCGAGAAGUCUUCCUUAACCAAACUGUCGAAGCUUCGGCAACUGAUCGUCGAUCAUAACAAAAUCUCCUAUGUCGAGGAAGGAGCAUUUGCCAAUCUACCAUCGCUGCAAAUACUUGAACUUAAUAAUAACGAAAUAUCCUGGACCAUCGAAGACACGAAUGGAACGUUCACCGAGCUUAGCCAAGUGACCAAACUCGGCCUAGCCGCCAAUCGCAUUAAAUCAGUCGCUCGCAAAGCUUUUGCAGGAAUGCAAGGUCUCAAAAUUCUCGACUUGCAAGAUAACGCCAUUGCAACCAUCCAAGACGGAGCCUUUUCUGAGCUGUCAGCGCUUGAGGAGUUGCGACUUAAUAGCAGCAGCCUCCUAUGUGAUUGUCAACUGAAAUGGCUCCCACCGUGGCUGGAUGCAAAUGGCGCACUGGCUGCAACAGUAGAUCUUAAGUGCGGACACCCUGAACCACUGGUCGGUUCAGUCGUUCAAAAUGUAUCCAUUCAUAAUUUUACAUGUGAUGACUUUCCCAAACCCUUUAUCACGGAAGAACCCAUAACUAAAGUGGCCUUGAAAGAAGAAAACGUUACUUUGACAUGCAAAGCUGAAUCGACAUCGGCGGCAUCCCCUAUGAAUGCUAUCUGGAAGAAAGAUAAUCUGGUUUUCAGAGGCAGUCAGGUAGUAACAUUCGCUCGUUCGCCGGACGGGCGCACUAAUCUCAUGACGUCGGUGCUUCUACUUCAAAACAUUACCGACGAAGACGCUGGGCGUUAUCAAUGCAUUGUGUCAAAUGAUUUUGGAUCGACCUACUCUUCCCGAGCUAAGAUAACCGUCCAUGUUUUUCCAACCUUUACAAAAACGCCGGUUGAUAUCCGAGUGAAAGCAGGGAAUACUGCUCGGCUAGAAUGCCACGCAGAAGGGUCCCCGCCACCUGAGAUAGCUUGGAAAAAGGAUGGAGGCGAUGACUUUCCCGCUGCACGUGAGCGACGCAUGCAUGUCAUGUCAAAUGAUGAUGUGUUUUUCAUCGUGAACGUCAAGGCAGCCGACAUGGGUGUUUACUCUUGCACCGCUCAAAACGUGGCUGGUGUCAUCGUGGCAAAUGCGACGCUCACUGUUCUUGAAACCCCUUCGUUUGUUAAACAAAUGGAAGACAGGGAGAUCGUAUCUGGCGAAACUACAGUGUUAGAGUGUAUGGCGGCUGGUUCUCCCAAACCUCGAUUGAACUGGACUAAAGAUGGUGGGCCAUUAGUUGCCACCGAGAGGCAUUUCUUCACAGCCGAUAGCCAACUCUUGAUUAUCGUUCACACAAGAGCAACCGAUGCCGGUCGAUAUGAGUGUGAAAUGUCGAACCCCCUUGGAGUCGAAAGAGAUUCUAGCAUGUUGACGGUUAUUCCAACGUUGCUGGCGUCGGGAGAAAGAGAAGACGAAUCGGCCACUAUUGGAAUCAUAAUUAUUGCUGUUGUUUGCUGUGUCGUGGGCACAUCGAUCGUGUGGGUGAUCAUCAUCCAUCAGACGCGGAAGAGAGCGCAAAUCAAUGCCCUCUCGUCUCCAUCCUCUACAUUACCAAACCAACCGCUGCAUGCGACGCCAAGUGUGCCGUUCCCUGGAGUCGAAUUCAUGGCUGCGGAGAGUGAUGACCCAGAUCUUAACAUCGAUAUAGACAGUAUUCCAACGGCUAUCUUAUAUCCACCUGAUUUGGAAAUCCUAGCAUUCAAGGGAAGUGUCGGAUCGACUGGUCAGCUCUACACCUAUUUAGCCGAUAACAAUUCCGACUCUGAGCAUUCGAGCAGCAAAGAUAGCGGAACAGGUGAUUCUGGAAGACGCAGCAACAGCAACGAGGAUGUGACAGUGCUCAACGAUAACACCGUCAAUCACAGUUUGCGAAGUUUAAACACUGCCGUUACCGAGGCUUCCAGUAGCACGAUAUCCGCUCGUUUGCCCUGCAGAUCCAAUCGUCCACGCCACAACUAUUCCAACGCUAACUGUACGCGAACACUCAGCACCUUUGUGCCUCAGCCAAGAGCGAACGUCCACUUUACCGAGCCUGAACAUUCGAACAGACCACCCCAUGCACGAGGACGAAUGUCACUUUAUGAAGACCGAUGUGCGCGGAAUUCUCAUCACUCGAUGGGAUCCCCGGUUGCCAAUUACAGUCUGGCGCGGCAUGAAGUUUAAAAUUUCUGUAAUUAACAUCUCCCGUAAUCCAGAUGUCAUCCCCCUCCAAAUCUGUGAAUAAUUUGUGGCCUUGUUCAAGUGGGCGUUAGUGCAUAUUUAAAGUUGUAUGCAAAAAUGUACCGAUCAACCUAGUCGUGUUACAACCUUCAUCGUAUAAGAUUGUAUCAAAAAAAAUUUGUGCUUCAAACAGUUCUGCAAUGUAGCCUUGGAAAAUUAUCGUUAAAAAUACUGCGGUAUGUGUUGCUGCUGUGGAAACUCGUUGUUCAUGAAAUCUUGUUCGGAAAAGCUUUUAAUUGUCCCGCCUUUUGCGUUGAUUUCAACAGGCCGCUAAGUAUAUCGGAAGUGACUGUAUCUGAAAUUUAACCAUUGUAUUUUAUGUGAUGAAUCAUGCUCGCACGUUGAAUUUUGUGAAUUACGUUGUCAAUAAAUUUGCCUUUAAUGAUCGAAUAGACUUUAUACUAGAG